AUGGACGCCCAACAUGAAGAGUACGCAUCGACGCUCAAAGUCAACCACUUCAAGCCAGAAAACGUUCCAUGGCGAAGACUCGGUCAAUGUAUUUCCACCCUUCCCGAGAAACGCUCUAUAAUGAAAGGCAAAGUCCGCUUCCACGUCCCUGGCAGACCGAGCGUGGAUGUCACGGCUGGCGAAAUGGUCACAGUCCCCGUCCGCCUGCCGCACAAGUUCAGCAAUCCGUUUGAUGAGGAGGCGGUGUUUAUAAACACGGCAACACCUGGUUUCUUUGUGCGCUACUUCGAGCAUCUUGAGAACCUUAUUGGUGAGGGCAAUGUUCUAACACCCGAGGUUAACGCCGAGGCCUUGAAGAGAUUUGCUACCAUUCCGUUGCCACCUGAAGAUGUGAAUCGACUGGAGGAGACGGGUAUGGCGGGCGAAAAGAAGCGUAAAGCUCACAAUGAAAUGCAAUAG